AUGCCAAUCUGCGGCAAUACCGACAAUAGCAACAACCAUGUUCCUUAUUUCAAGUCAUUGAAAGAACUCGAUGACUGGAAACCCGAAGGAUCUGGCAGUGGCUUCAACGGAAUUCUCAAAUACACUCCACGACAACCCAUUGCAAAUCCAGCGGGAAAGGGAAAACUUUUGGUGCUUUUCGUUUAUCUUCAUAUACGUCGACUUCGCUUACCCGCGCUCAAGGUAUGCCACGAUUACAAGAUGCGAUACCUUCGUAUAGUGGGUGCCGAAUACUCCGGCCGUUGCCAUGGCCUAACCUCAGUCAGUUUCUCCCACCACCGUAUAACGGUACCUCCUACCGGAUGGAUCUCUGCAGCACACAGGCAGGGCGUCAAGAUCCUCGGUACUUUAAUAUUUGAAGGUGGAGGGGAGGAAGACUGUCUUCGCCUCCUAGUUGGCAAAAUGCCAUCGUCAAGAACUGGGCAAGUCGACACCCCAACUUCAUCGCACACUUUACCAGUGUCACCACACUACGCGACCGUACUAGCAGAUCUCGCCAAGGAACGUGGCUUUGACGGAUACCUGCUCAAUUUCGAAUGUCCCCUUAAAGGAGGGGUCGAGCAGACAAGAGCGCUCGCGGCUUGGAUCACUCUUCUGCAAUCGGAGCUACUGCGGAAAGUUGGACCUCACGGAACCACAUUAUGGUAUGAUAGUGUUGUUUUUACUGGCCAGCUCGCAUGGCAGAAUAGGCUCAACAGUUUGAAUCUUCCCUUUUUCUUAUCGUCAAGUGGCCUUUUCUCAAACUACGCUUGGGGUCGCGAUUAUCCUUCACUCACCGCUCAGUACUUUUUGAGUCUGGACCCGUCCUUGAUUGGUCAAGCUCCCGAAUCCCAACCUUACUUAUACCCUAAAACACUUCAAGACAUAUACAUGGGCGUCGACGUCUGGGGCCGCGGCUCUCAUGGGGGAGGAGGACUCGGGUGCUACCGAGCUAUCUCACAUAUUGCUCCUGAAUCUCUCGGGCUAAGUGUAGCCCUUUUUGGUCAAGCAUGGACCUGGGAGACUGAGCAGGAUAAGCCAGGAUGGACAUGGGACAAGUGGUGGGAGUACGAACGCACACUAUGGGCUGGCCCCAUCAGCGGCACCGUCGACGUACCAGAGGCUCCACGAAGGGAAGGCGAACCAGAAUGUCCUCACGGGCCGUUUCUCCCCCUCAGUUCCUUCUUCCCCCGACUUUCCCCUCCAGACCCUUUCAACCUUCCGUUUCAUUCUACUUUCUGCCCUGGUGUUGGACAGUCGUGGCUUGUUGAAGGUAUCCGGGUGUUCGAGAGUCGGAAUGGUUGGACGGACGUUGACAAGCAAUGUUCUGUGGGCGAUAUGGUUUGGCCUCGUCCUAUAUUGUCUUGGGAAGAUGAACGCGAGGAUGUCCUUCCAGAAGCCCUCUCUGCCUUGUGUAUGGACGAUGCGUGGAAUGGCGGAAGCUCUCUCAGCCUAUCUCUGUCAUUCCCAGCAUCUGAGGAGGAGACUGCAGCAUAUCGAUCUGUAUGGAUCCCCAUACAGUCUCUGACUGUUACCCACCAGCGUCUAUACGAGGCCCAGAUCAUCUACAAACUUCAAGGUGGAGAAAGUCACGAGUUUGAUGCAGAGUUCGCUCUCGCUCUCAAAACGGUUUCAGGCGACAAUGAGCCGGAUGUUAGGUCGACCUCGUCCACAGAGCUUCACGGGGGAUGGUCAAAGCUCAAGAUUGAAUUCACAUUUACUGGCACAGAUACCUUUUCGAUCGUAGCCAUAGGGUUGAUCGUGGCCGUUGUGACCGAAAACCCAGACCGCCCCUUGAAUCUUUCCCUGCUAAUCGGACAACUCAACGUCCACCCCCGUCCUCCGGAUACCCACCGAGAGCAUGAUACGCUUGUUCUUUGGGCAGACUUUGCAACCCAUGUAUCUCCGUCUCCCUUACUCUCGGGGUCACUCACUUGGGAAGUCGCCACAACCUUCCCUCGGGUCUCCACCAUCAACAUCAAGUCUCCUGAGGAUCCUAUAGCCGCGUGGAACCUUCAACCAACGAUUAGCUGGUUCCCCUCCUUUGUUUACUUUAACGUCUACGCACAGCCCUAUACCGAUGAAUGGAACGUUGGGCCAGUUGCGGAUGCGGUCUGGAUUGGGACCUCUGGGAUAAAUGGGGAAGGAAAAUCAUUCAACGUCCUUCAAGAGAACCUGCCCUUCACCCUGACACCUUCAAAGAAGGUUCGCUUUUAUAUCCAAGGCCUAACAGAUCAGGGGGACGUCCUUCCGUGGAAUAGAUGCGCAUUCGUGGAUGUUUCUCUUUAA